AUGCAAAUCACUGCUAGCCUAGCCACCUUAUUUUUAGCUUUAGCUCCUGCUGUUAACGCACACUUUAGAAUUCCAUUCCCAGGUGAAAGAAAUUCUACCAAUUGGGGUACUCAAACCACUGCUCCAUGUGGUGGUGACAAUACCACCGUUUUGCCACGUUAUGAAUGGAAUCCAAAUGGUUCUCCUAUAGAUUUAUUCAUGCAUCAUAAUAAAUCUGUUGGUGCUAUUUACCUAUGUCCUAAGGAUGACUGUAGUAAAGUUGAGGAUUUCGAUAUUGUUGUACGUGAGCCAUUCGAUAUGUUUACACCCGGUAACUUCUGUAUUCCUGCUUUACAAAUUCCAUCCGAAUAUAAUAAAGAAGGUUUCAACGGUACUUUACAAGUUGUUUACGCCUCUACCGGUUCUACAUACGGUGAUUACAUGUAUAUGUACAAUUGUGUUGAUUUUACCAUUUCUUCAGAUGGACCAAUUUACAAUGGUUCUCAAUGUUCUAACACCUCUCAAACUAUUGUCGCCAACGACACCGUUUUAGAUGCCGAAUUUAGUUCGGAAGAAGCCACUUUAACCUCAGCUGCUCCACUAAUGAGUAGUCAAUCCUAUAGUUUGUUAAACUCUUUCUUCACUUACACCAAAAAUAUGACUACUACUGCUACUACUGCCAACUCUUCUGCUACAGGUAUGGCCGGUAUGGACAUGAGUGGUAUGGACAUGAGCGGCAUGGAUAUGAGCGGUAUGGACAUGAGUGGUAUGGACAUGUCAACAACUACUGCUGUUAACUCAACUUCCACAAUGUCUGGCAUGGACAUGAGUGGUAUGUCUAUGAGCGGUAUGGAUAUGAGUGGCAUGGACAUGAGUGGUAUGGAUAUGGGAAGUACUUCAUCUGCAGCUGCUUCUUCUACAGCCUCUUCGGUAGCUGCUUCUUCUACUACAGAUGCUUCUUCCACAACUGCUUCUUCAAAUUCCACUUCUACUGUUAAAUCUAAAAACGAGGCCAACUCUAGUGGUUUGAGCGCUGCUUUGACUUUGUUUGUAAGUGGACUAUUGACUUUCUUGUUUUGA